AAGUGUCGCGCGUCCCCACGCCUUUCUGCCAGUGUUACGGAGCGGUCAUACUGUGACGGAUCGUGAGGUUCUGUUCAGGGCCAGUGAAACGAAGCAACCACGUCACUGCGCUCUACUGAUUCGCACGAUAUUGAGUCUAACAUUUGAAGGAGGCAACAGGGACAUCAUGACGGGCACUGGAAAUGGAACAGUCGCUGAGUCUAAGGUUGAAGAGAAAAAGCCGGAAGUUUUUGAAACUGAAAUACCACUUCCUAAGGGUACAGCACGUGAUAGAAUAACAAAUCAAACCAGGUACAUUCUGACUAAGGAUGAGGACAGUCCUAUCACAUCUGUAAAUUAGUGUAAAUUAUUAAACAACAAAACUUCUUUGAGAAAGAAGAAGGUACCUUUAUGACCUCCGGUUAGCUGGUUAUCGCUUUAGUUGGAGCACGUCAUGUAGUGACGUUUAUGCUCUUCCUGGGUAUGGCCAAUGCCUACAUCAUGAGGACCAAUAUGUCUGUGGCUAUCGUAGCCAUGGUCAAUCACUCAGCCAUCACAUCAGAGGAUGUUGUCACAGACGAAUGUGGCGGCGAAAAUAGCACCAUCGAAGACACCAAUGAAAGCGAUGGCGAAUUCAUUUGGGAUUCGGCGAUGCAAGGAUAUCUACUAAGUUCUUUUUUCUAUGGCUAUGUGAUUACACAGAUACCGUUCGGUAUUCUUGCCAAACGCUACGGUGCCAAAUACUUUCUAGGCGUAGGGAUGUUAGUCAAUUCUGUAUUUGGUCUACUGGUUCCCAUGUCCGCUCAUUGGGGAUUCUAUUGGCUGAUGUUCAUACGAUUUAUUCAGGGUCUUGGCGAGGGUCCUAUUGUGCCAUGCACGCACGCCAUGCUGGCCAAGUGGGUUCCACCGAAUGAGAGAAGCCGCUUGGGAGCCUUUGUCUAUGCCGGUGCACAAUUUGGCACUGUUAUUUCUAUGCCAUUAAGCGGCCUUCUUUCGGAAUAUGGAUUUGCGGACGGGUGGCCUUCGAUAUUCUACGUUUUCGGUACUAUAGGCACUGUAUGGUGCAUAGCUUUUCUGAUCAUGGUUUACGAAGAUCCUGAGCAACACCCACGUAUUACCGAAGAUGAACGAAAAUACAUUUUGAGCGCGCUAUGGGGAACAGCUGGUGUAUCUUCUCCACCAGUACCAUGGAAGUCCAUUGCCACUUCUAUGCCGUUUUGGGCUAUUCUUAUUGCGCAUAUGGGUCAAAAUUAUGGCUAUGAAACUCUCAUGACAGAAUUACCAACAUUUAUGAAACAGAUUCUUCAUUUCAAUAUUAAAUCGAAUGGUACAGUUUCGGCUCUUCCAUAUUUGGCUAUGUGGAUCUUUUCCAUGGUAGUUUCACACAUCGCUGAUUGGAUGAUUUCCACUGAACGAUUAAAUCAUACUGUCACUCGUAAGAUUAUUAACAGUAUUGGUCAGUAUGGACCAGCCAUUGCGUUAGCUGCAGCAUCUUAUACGGGAUGUGAUAAAUGGCUCACGGUGGCAAUCCUAACAUUUGGAAUAGGUUUUAAUGGUGCUAUUUACUCCGGAUUUAAAGUGAAUCAUUUGGAUAUAUCGCCACGAUUCGCUGGAAUACUCAUGUCCUUCACGAAUUGUCUUGCCAAUCUCGCAGGCCUUCUCGCACCUAUCACUGCUGGCCAUAUUAUUAUUGGCAAACCAACUCAAGCACAGUGGAGAAUUGUCUUCAUGAUAGCUGCUGCUGUGUACAUAGCAUCCGCUACGUUUUAUAAUAUAUUUGGUAGCGGUCAACGACAGCCAUGGGAUAAUCCGGAAAAGGAUGUGGAUAGGAAGGACGGGAAGGAUUUAGAGCGGAUGAACGGUUUAAACGACACUCAGCACUGACAUAGCAGAUAGUAUACAUGGUCUUCAACAACGGCUACUUCGCGUACAUUCAUUCCCUCCAGACUAAUUAAAAAAGUAAAAGUGAACGCGCACUACAAUGGUGCAUUCAAGGAAGUUGCUGUAAUACAUAUAUUCUACGAAACCUGCGUGAUCAGUUUGAAGCUGUAGAUUGACAUUUGCCGUCAACUCCCCCCCUUCUCCUUCCAUUUUUACACCGUCUCGUAGAAUACUCAUCGCAAUCAAUAGCAGCAGACACCAGCUCUGUCUUUUUGCACUAGUUGAUGAUUUCAUUGUAAACCUCAAAACGUGUGAGUUAUGUGUGUCUCAAAGAGAGCUCUAUGUUCACAUAUGAGUAUAGAUGAGUGAGUGUAUGCAUGUACAUUACAUGAAUGAGUGGGAUAGUGAGUACAGUUGGAUGGUAUAAAAGUGACCACAAUGGGCAAGAAAGAAAAAGGAUAUUUUUAUAUAAAUUAUAGUUUCCUGCUGUUGGUGAUUUUGAAUUUAGAGUCAAAAAUCUAAAAUUAAAAAUGUUGAACUAUAAAUGUUUAAACUCAUACUGAUAAUAUGUUAGAUUAUAUUUUACAAAAAUCGAAUGGAAGUUAAGAUUUUUAACAUUUUGUCUACUGUAUUAAAUAGACCAUUUUUUUAAUUUAGGAUUUCUGACAUCUAAUUCGUAAUCAGCCAUCCAAAAAACGUACAUAUACAUAAUGUAUCAAUAUUGAUUCAUCCUAUCGCAAAAUAUACCGAGUGCGCACUAUUGCGCAUUGACGAGGUUAAAUGUAGCAUUAAUCUGUCGCACUGUGCGGGUCUAUUUUUAUAUAAAACGAUAUAUUCUAAAACAAUACAUCUAUGGUUGUGCCCUCUGAAAUUCAUCAUUGCGCCAUUGGACGUUGAGGGCUCUGUUUGAUAGGUCAGACUUAUUGACCCAAGAAUUUAUGAUAGUUAAACUCUUCCAUUCUUUUAUUUAUAUGGCAGAAGUAGUAACAAACGUAACAAUACUGGAAAAAUUAGAAAUAAUAUUUUUGUUGCGGUCGAUGCUUAACCAAUUUGAAUUAUUAAUAAGAGAGAGUUGCACUGUGGUGCUUUAUGGAAUUGUAUUUAUUUUCUCUGUACACAAAAUAAUAUUUCUAACUCCGUGUUUUAUUGAGCUGCUACAUCUGAAUUUAAAUUUACGAAUCUUAAAUCGCCAUUUAGACAGCAGUAUUAGAAGUAGACCGCCGUACUUGUUUGCCUUUCUUUUUAUUAGCAAUUACUGCCAUUUUGUAUUGUGCAGAGAACUCGUUUGUAGGUCAUAUGCUCCGUUCUUAUUGAGACGAUAUUGUUCCUAUGUAUUAGGAUUGAAAAUUUUCCAAACUUUGUGAACGUACAAUACAAGUUGGUUUAUACAUAUUGUAGAUAUGUACAAUGUAGUGUCCUAAUAAGUUAUAAUCCUUAAAUGAAUUUUACUCAUGCGUAUUUAUACAUGUAGUCAAUCCACGACAUCAAUGUAAAUUUUAAAGGAAUUUUUCACAUUGAAUGUCAUAAUAAAAUAUUCCUAUCGAAAACAUUUUUGUCGUGUAUGGAUUAUACAUGCAUAUAUAUUUACAAAAGAAAAUAUUAUUUCCGUGUAGUAAAUAGAAUUCUUAUUGAAAGAACAUAUCAAAUUUAUCUAGUAUGCAUUUUUUCAUUAUUUCUGUUUAUUUUCUAGCAAAAUGGUUUUACCACUACUUUCGUUACAUUUUUCAAUUCUUUAUCUGUGGCACAAAAAUGCGACCGGCACAAAUGUAAUUUUGUAUAUGAUUUAAGAGUCGAGGCUAUAUACCUGAGAUUAUGAUCGAAAAAUUUAAUACGUAAUGAGAAAAAGCUUGCAAAUAUGAGACUCCUCUACUUUCCAAGGAGAAUGUUUCUAUGUAUCGUUGAGUGUUGACAUUGAACAUCUUUUAUCGUCGAAUAUUUUCUUUACUAUCCAUUUUGGUCUGCAAUUGCGUAAAGUGAAACAUACAUAAAACAUAAAAUCACGUUCAGAACAAAUUAAUAAACAACGCGAGAGUGACGUAAGAGUAGUUUAUUUACAAUAACAGUAUGUACAUUUUUCUUGUACGCAGUGUAUGGACUUAUGCCAAGAUGUUAACUUUUAAGCUUCUUUUGCAUAUGUGAUUUUUUGAACUUAUAAUCAAUUUAUAACGUUAAAAAAUCUAUUUUUUACAAACGUUGCAAAUGUAAAUUAUUAUUACCAAAGAAUACAUGCGUUCAAGAAGUCAUGAGAUGUGUGAAAUUUUUUUCAGCGUAAUCUGUCGAGUUUGUCGUUUUAUCGAGGAUAUAGUCAUUUGAAUUUUAAAAAACCAAAUUCUUAUUUGAUUAGUUAUUAAUAUCUUCGACACUGUAAAUCAAAAUUGAGUAACAUCCUAUUACAUUUGUCGGCGGAACUGAACCUAAAAUAUUAUACAGUAAAUCAAACUUUUAUAUCUUCAAGCACAAUGUCUUGUAUGAAGACUCCAUUUCAUGUUGUGUUAUUCAAUUAGAAACUGUUUUAUUUAUAUCAAUUCACGCUAAAUUAAGCUAUUACAAAUAAUAUUUCUUUGAAAAUUAUUAAUUUCAUAUUCAUAUAACAAAAAUAAUGGGUGAGCACAUAUUUCGUUGUAGUCAUCCUAUAGCUUCAAUGCUACAUAAUAAUCAUUAGGAAUACUUAUCUUCAAUUUCAACAGUUUUUUUAAAAGUAAACUUACGGAAAAAUAAUAGCUAAAAUAUGUGUGGCUUUGAGCAUCAAGAAGAGGAAAUAGUGAAAGAGUGAUUGGGUAAAAAAUGUAUAGUGUUUCAGGUGUUUAAACGCAUUAAAAGUGUCACUAAAGUAUAAAGUAUUUUGUAGGACAGUCUAUUACUAAAUUCUUUAACCAAUAUUUUUAUACAAAUAUUUAUGAAUGAUGUACAUAGUCGUAAAGGGUUUUAAACCACAUAUUGUAAAAUUAUUAUAGUAUAUUUAUAUCAUUCGGAUUAUGAACAUGUGAUAAUAGUUUGCAAAAGCGGAUUAAAAAAUAAAACACUCCCGUAUAUUCUAUGCGGUUGUGACUAAAAAAU